GGGCUGCAGGGCUCGGGGCCGCCGGAGCCGGCGCUGGAGCGCAGCACAUCGCGGAGCCGGCGCUCGGGAGCCGCCCCUCUCCGGUAAGCGCCGCCAGGACUAUUCCAGGGACCGGACCAGGGAAGCCGGGGACCUCGGCCACGCACCCCGAAUCUGCAGGUGAGGUCUGACGGAGUCGUGGGUAAAGACAUCUGAAAAGUGAGCAUCAACUAUGAAAACGGACAUCACCAGUUGCAACUUGAAGUGCCAUCAGCUGUAACUCAAGUUUCUGAUCCCAAGACCACAGCUGAGCCUUCCCGGUCCCCAGAACCAAAGACCAUGGAGCUUUCGGACAGUGACCGACCCAUCAGCUUUGGCUCCACCUCAUCCUCGGCCUCCUCCAGGGACAGCCAUGGUUCCUUUGGCAGCAGAAUGACUUUGGUUUCAAAUAGCCACUUGGGCUUAUUUCACCAGGAUAAGGAAGCUGGGGCCAUAAAGCUGGAGCUGGUUCCAGCGCGGCCAUUUUCUAGCAGUGAGCUGCAGAGGGACAACCCUUCCGGGCCACGGAACAUGGAUGGGGUCAGCGAGAGGCAGCCCAGGACCCCAUGGAGAGUGGACACAAAUGGGACAUCCCAACCCAAUGCAGAUUCGGACACCAGCCCCAAGCUCCUCUAUGUGGAUAGAGUGGUGCAGGAAAUCCUGGAGACAGAAAGGACCUACGUGCAAGAUCUAAAAAGCAUUGUGGAGGAUUACCUCAAAUGCAUCAAGGACCAGACAAAACUUCCCCUGGGGACUGAAGAUAGGGCUGCUCUUUUUGGAAACAUACAGGAUAUCUACCACUUUAAUAGUGAACUUCUUCAAGAUCUGGAAAACUGUGAAAAUGAUCCUGUGGCCAUAGCAGAAUGUUUUGUGUCUAAGAGUGAAGAGUUCCACAUUUAUACCCAGUAUUGUACCAACUACCCAAGGUCUGUGGCUGUGCUAACCGAGUGUAUGAGGAACAAGAUACUGGCCAAGUUCUUCCGAGAGCGCCAGGAAACUCUGAAACACUCACUGCCCCUAGGGUCCUAUCUCCUAAAACCAGUCCAGCGGAUUCUCAAAUAUCAUCUCCUUCUACAUGAAAUAGAAAACCACCUUGACAAGGACACGGAAGGCUAUGAUGUUGUGCUUGAUGCUAUAGAUACAAUGCAGCGAGUGGCCUGGCACAUCAAUGACAUGAAACGGAAGCAUGAGCAUGCUGUCCGCUUGCAGGAGAUCCAGAGCUUGCUAACUAACUGGAAGGGGCCAGACCUCACCAGCUACGGGGAGCUGGUGCUUGAGGGGACCUUCCGCAUCCAGAGGGCUAAGAACGAGAGGACACUCUUCCUCCUGGACAAGCUGCUUCUUAUCACAAAGAAGAGAGAUGACACGUUUACCUACAAAGCUCACAUCCUGUGUGGCAACCUCAUGCUUGUGGAGGUGAUACCAAAGGAGCCGCUCAGCUUCAGCGUCUUCCACUACAAGAACCCCAAGCUGCAGCAUACAGUUCAGGCCAAAUCCCAACAAGACAAACGGCUCUGGGUCCUGCACCUGAAGAGACUCAUUCUGGAGAACCAUGCCGCAAAGAUCCCAGCUAAGGCCAAGCAAGCAAUACUUGAAAUGGAUGCCAUCCACCAUCCAGGCUUCUGGUACAGUCCUGAGGGACAGAUGAAGACACCAUGUGGCUCCAAAGAAGGUUCUGCACCAUAUCGGCAGAGGCGGAAAUCUGAGCCUUCCUCACGGUCACACAAAGUGUUGAAGACCAGCGAAACUGCACACGAUAUCCAGAAGGUUUCUAGAGAGGAAGGUUCUUCCCAGCUGACUUCUGCCACACCUUCUCCUGCCCAGAGGAACAGCCAGCCAAGCAGCUCGGCCAUCAUCAGUCUGCUUCGUGGGGGCGGGGGCGUCCGAAGCCUCUGGGCGGAUCACCACGUCAGGCAGUCCUUGUUUCCCAGCCGCCAGUCUCCACAGGAGAACGAAGACGAUGACAAUGAUGACUACCAGAUGUUCGUCCCGUCCUUUUCCUCCUCGGAUCUCAAUUCCACCAGGUUGUGUGAAGAGAACACUUCGAAUCGUCCUUGCAGCUGGCACCUGGGACUGAUUGAGCCCGCAGAGCUCUCCAGUUCCGGUCACAGGAUAGUCCGACGGGCCAGCAGUGCUGGUGAAAGCAACACAUGCCCUCCUGAAGUAAGAAGUAGGGACAGUGAUGGCUCCCAGUAUUGUCCCAGGAGAGAACUGCAGAAUGGCUCUCAACCAGGAGGCCAGGGAGGGAUGACUCCCUUUGGGUCAUCGGUAGAGUUGACAAUUGAUGACAUAGACCAUGUCUAUGAUAACAUAAGUUUCGAAGACUUGAAGUUAAUGGUUGCUAAGCGGGAUGAAGCUGAAUUCUCUCUCCCCAAAUCACCUAGAGACUCUGUUCGCCCCAAGAGCACUCCAGAGUUAGCCUUCUCAAAGAGGCAGGCUAGUCUCAGUACAAGCUCUCUCUACCCAAAGAAAGAGGCAGCUCCCAGUGGUCAAGAGGCAUCUAACCAAAGCAUACAUGAUCUCCAAGUAGGAGAAGAAAACAUCUAUGACACCAUAGGGCUUCCAGACCCACCAUCACUGGACUUCAAAUGCAGCAGCCUUAAGCAGCCCAAAAGAAGCACCUUCCUGGGACUGGAAGCUGAUUUUGCAUGCUGUGACAGCUUGAGACCCUUUGUCUCCCAGGACAGCCUCCAGUUCAGUGAGGACGAUGUGUCUUACCAUCAGGGACCCUCGGACACUGAUUAUUUGAGUUUGCUAUAUGAUUCUCCCCGCUGUAACCUGCCUAUUGCAGAUAAGGCUCUGUCAGACAAAUUGUCAGAAGAAGUAGAUGAAAUCUGGAACGACCUGGAAAAUUACAUCAAGAAAAAUGAAGACAAAGCGAGAGACCGCCUCCUCGCCGCGUUUCCUGUAAGCAAAGAUGAUGUGCCGGAGAGGCUGUAUGUCGACAAUACCCGCGCGCUGAGCAGAGAUGCAGGACGUGCCACAUCUAUGCUGUCCCUUCCUGGGAGCCAGACUUUUCUCACGCCUGGGAAAAGCCGGGUUUCCAGAGCUAGCAGGGCUAACUGCUCCCACGAAGAUGACCUGACUUCUACAGAAGGCUCCUUCAUGAGUUUGAACCCACUCUCUCUGGCCAGUGACGUGCCUCCUGUGGACAGUCCCUAUGACCUGGCCAACUACAACCUGCCCCAGACAGACCCAGAAAGCUCUGACCUUGGGAUGGCCACAGAUAAUACCAAGAGCAGGGUCUUUAUGAUGGCAAGGCAGUAUAGCCAAAAGAUUAAGAAGGCAAAUCAGCUUUUGAAAGUGAGAAGCCCCGAGCUAGAGCAGCCACCGUCCAGUCAACAUAAGCCCACUCACAAAGACCUGGUGGCCAUCUUGGAAGAGAAGAGGCAAGGAGGGCCUGCCAUUGGUGCCAGGAUUGCUGAAUAUUCCCAACUGUAUGACCAGAUCGUGUUCAGAGAGACACCCCUUAAAGUUCAGAAGGAUGGCUGGGCCAGGACCCAAGAACCCUCUCCCCACAGGCCUGCCUCGCCUCCCCAGGCCCAGCGCGCUGGUGAGGACUGGCUUUGGCAUUCGCCCUAUAGUAACGGAGAGUUAGCGGAUUUCUGUGCCCAGCCAGAGCAAGACGCAAAGGCAAACUAUCCCACGUUAGACAGCAUGGCCAAAAGUACUCCCAGACAGUUGUCGGCAGCUUGUUCGGUGCCUUCUCUUCAAGCGUCAGAUCCCCUGCUGGGCUCCGCACAGCAGCGAUUCAGCGUGGUGGUCAACCAGCCCCACAAAGAGAACUCCUGUGCAGGCCAUCUUUACAACUCACUGGGUCGCAAAGCAAUCGGUGUGAAACCCCAACCUUAUAGCAGGCCCCAGUCAUCUUCCUCAGUCUUGAUCAACAAGUCUCUUGACUCCAUCAACUACCCGAGUGAGACAGAAAAAAAGCAACGGCUGUCUUUACAGAAGAAUCCCAGAGGUGCGAGCCAACAGGACUUGCUGUCAGGCGUGGCGGACUCCUGUCAACAGGACACUCGAAAGCGCUCGGAUCUCACACUCCAAGACUCACAGAAAGUUCUGGUGGUAAAUAGAAAUCUACCCUUAAGUGCCCAAGUAGCGACACGGAACUACUUUUCUAAUUUCAAAGAGUCUGAGGGAGAUGAAGAUGAUUACGUGGAGAUAAAGUCCGAAGAGGAGGAGGCGGGGCUGGAUCUCUCUCUGAGUCAGGGCAGGAAGUCUGACCCAAAGAUCCCAGACCCUGACUGUUCCGGUACCCACAGCACACCUUGCUCUUUGAAAGAGCCAGUGGGCAGCAGGCUUGGGCUUCCCCCUUACCUGACAGCGUGCAAGGACUCUGACAAACUGAAUGAUUAUCUGUGGAGGGGGCCGUCACCCAAUCAGCAAAACAUCGUCCAGUCUCUGAGGGAGAAAUUUCAGUGUCUCAGCUCCAGCAGCUUCGCCUAGGGUUCUAGAACAGUCCGAACUGGCGCCUGAGGCUUCCAAGUUACCAAUAGGGAGGAAGUGUUUUGUUAUUGUUGUUUUUUAAAUAUAUGUACCAGUUUAAAACAAAUUUGUGAUAACCAGAGGUGUAAAACAGGCAUUCUUUCUGUGCAGCUUUUAGCGGACGGUGACAUUUUCCCCAUGUCCUGACCUAUAGUGCUCAUAUAAUUCUUAGAUCACCUCCCCCCCACACACCCCAAGAAGUUUUAUUCUGUGACUCAGAGGCAGCACGAGUCUCUUUCACAGUUUUUAAAAAGAGAAACUAAAGUUAUUUAAAGAAUUAUAUGUGGCAUUUCUGUUAUAUUUAUGGCAAGACUCAAGAAUGCCGUUGUAUGCCAGAGAUCACUGAUGAGAAUAUAGCUUCAUCGUGGAUGUCAAGGUUCCCACACUGGUGUUCCUAUCACAUUUCAUUUAGAUGCCAACAUUAUGUGACUAUUGAAAAAUCUGAAACGUAGCCCUAAGGCCAACUUGCUAUUAGGAAAAAAAUAAUCUUUGCCUAUGUUUCCCAGACAAGGCCCAAAUGGUGUGCCACUAAUUAUGGUAAUUCUACAAUAUCUGAGGUGAAAUAAACUAUUUCUUUCAUGGCUUAAAGAAAUCCAAGCUCAGGGCUAGAGAUAGUGCAAAGAUUAAGAGAGCUGGCUGCUCUUCCAGAGGUCCUGAGUUCAAUUCCCAGAGCAAC